CUUCACUCUCCGCAGCCAGCCAAUCAGCGCGCUCCCAUCGCACAAACCCAGUGUUCCAGGAAUCCAUUCAUUCAGAGGCAGGGGAGCGCGAGGCGUGGAAGGUCCUGCGUGCGUGUGUGUGCCCGCGGGGGGGGGAGCUGCUGUGUUGUGCUCUGAGUGUGACACCCUCAUUCAUCAUCACUCACUCUCCUGCCGCACUGAGCGGAUUACCGGCCUCGGGAUUGCUGCUGUGCUCGGAGGAAGCUGCUGCACGGCGUCGCUUAGCUGGAAGGAGGCGAUCGCUGGAUUGUACUCGUCGAAGAACAACAAGGGAGUUGUAGAGAAGUGUCGCAGGCAGAGUCCUCCCUCCCCAACCUCCUCCCAGCGCUUGCAGCAACACGGAACCCUGUACUGCGCUGCCCGGGACUGCCAGCAUUGCCUGUGGGAUGCACUGUGACAGGCUUCGUCGUGCCCGGUAACUCGCUGAUCGGGAACGGGAACCCGGUGGAUCUAUUCACCCUGCUGUCAUUGCAUAGCUCCGGCAGGGGAUUAUUCGGCUUGGAGUAGUAUGAUACGCCUCGUGUCCCAUGCUUAACACUCGUAGCGCCGCUGGGAUCUGGCGCAGUGCUGCGUUACAUGGGAUUGUGUGUGAGUCCUGCCUGCAACGAGGUUUUCAGAUGCAUGCCAAGUUCACAUUGAAUGCCAGAAGUCGAGAUCCCUACAGAUGGAGCUACAAAGUCAACAUGGCACAAGCGGUUCAUUAGUUGUCAUCCAGCAGCCUUUAGACAGUAGGCAACGGUUGGAAUAUGAGCGGGAGGUUCAACCAGCAACUAUCUUGUCUCUGGACCAGAUUAAAGCUCUCCGGAGCAGGAACGAGUACACAGAGGGCCCAUCCAUGGUGAGGAAACAUGGGCCAAAAACUGCACCACGGCACAGUAAACAGGAGAGGACUCAUGAAAUCAUACCAGUUAAUGUGAAUAAUAAUAAUGAGCACAGACCCCCUCACUUGGCUAAUACAGGACAUGUGUACAUUGCAAGAGCUCCUGUGCUCAGUAGGUCCACUAGUACGGGAAGUGCUGCAAGUUCUGGAAGCGCUAAUAGUGCUUCUUCUGAACAAGAACUUUUGGGACAAUCGCCACCACCGAGGAAUAGUUCUGGUCACAGGACGGACAGGGUAGUUCGAAUGCAACCCAAGGCAUCUGCAUUGGCAGUAGAUGACCUAAAGAGCUCUUUAAAAUUGGACUCAACACAGCAUCGGUUUAUUUGUGAACAAUGUGGAAAGUGCAAAUGUACAGACUGCACAGCCCCAAGGACCCUACCGUCAUGCCUGGCUUGCAAUCGUCAGUGUCUUUGCUCUGCUGAAAGCAUGGUGGAAUAUAGCACUUGCAUGUGUCUGGUAAAAGCAGCUUUCUACCACUGUUCAAAUGAUGAUGAGGGGGACUCGUAUGCGGAUAAUCCUUGCUCUUGCACACAGUCACACUGCUGCUCACGAUACUUGUGCAUGGGAGCUAUGUCCGUGUUCUUACCGUGCUUGCUCUGCUACCCUCCUGCCAAGGGAUGCCUGAAACUGUGUCGUGGUUGCUAUGACAGAGUAAACCGCCCUGGUUGCCGAUGUAAGAACUCAAAUACUGUGUAUUGCAAACAAGAUGGGGUUCCACGUGGCCAGGGCAAGCCCUCCUGACUUUAAUGGAGGGAUGUUCUUUUCCAACAUAUGGAUCCAUUUGUUGCGUAGGUUACAUAUAUAAAUACGUUUUCAUAAGUACCUCCAUUACCCCUUUUAAUGUUCUUUGUUGCUCCUUUGCUAGAAUUCCACAGUUACUGAUCUAGAUAAGUUGUUGGCUUAGCCAUGUGCACAUUAAUACCAUGUUUAGUCUUGAGGAAUGAUGGCAACACCUGCAUCAGUUUAUUCUAUCAUGGAAAGAUUAAACUUAACCUUUUAUCAUUUAUGAUAAGUUAGAUCUUAACUUUUUGUGGUUAAAUUGUGGAUCCUUUUUUUUUUUUUCAAUCCAAAAUGAACUCCCUUUUCCCACCUUUGUGAAAGUACUGAAAUGCUAUUACGAUUGCAAGCUCAGCUUUCCCUAAAAAGUCAUGCAAAUUGCAGUUACAUAACUAUUCAUUGUGUUUGGGUCCAUUCAGUACCAGCCUGUAGUGAGUUAAUCUGCAUUAACUCUCAGCCCCUCCUUUCUUGUUUAUAUAUUGGCAUCAGACACACUAGUCUAUGUUGAAGGACAUCUAUUUAAAUCCACCCCUGCCUCCAGUUUGCCUUAUCUUGUUUCUGUUACAAAUGUGUUAUUUUCAGGUGCCAGAAAAUUCAGUAGCCUUAACGAAAUAAGCUCUUUCCCCUGGGGAACCAAUAUUUUGUGUUUCCUGGCAGUGACCUGUUUUCCUCUGUGUUUAUAUAUAUAUAUAUAUAUAUAUAUAUAUAUAUAUAUAUAUAUAUAUAUAUAUAUAUAUAUAUAUAUAUAUAUAUAUAUAUAUAUAUAUAUAUAUAUAUAUAUAUAUAUAUAUAUAUAUUUUCUUAAGUGUUCUGUGUUUUUAAUUGCCUUAGCCACAGCCUGGCUUUUUGUAUAUUUUAUGUAUAAAUCACAAAGUUGAAUAUUGCCUAUUUUUAAGACAAAAGUCUGUUAAAACUUUUUUUAUUGUAAAGAAUAUUUAUUAUGUGAAUCUAUUAUUUUAUGAUAUUUAUUUCAAAAGACUGUUGAAAAUUUACGUAUGAAUUAUAACAAAGUAUCAAUACUUAAAGAAAAAUAAGGGUGACACAAAAUAAAAUACAUAUGUUAACUAUAAUGCAGAAAAUAUAAUUAUUAAUUAAUGAGUCUGUUAUUAUUUGUCAGAAUUCAAUAUCCACACCAUUAUGGUCUGUUCCACUUUGAAGCUUAUAUUUCAGAAUUAUUUUUUUUAUUUAAUUAAAAUGUAUUUUAACUUU